AUGGGUGUGGGGGGCGUGGGUGGGGAGGCCGUGGGUGGGAAGGGCGUGGGUGGGGAGGCCGUGGGUGGGGUGCUAUGGGUGUUGGGGGCGUGGGUGGGGAGGCUGUGGGUGGGGAGGCCGUGGGUGGGAAGGGCGUGGGUGGGGAGGCCGUGGGUGGGGUGCUAUGGGUGGGGGGGGCGCUAUGGGUGUGGGGGGCGUGGGUGGGGGGGCCGUGGGUGGGGUGCUAUGGGUGGGGGGGGCGCUAUGGGUGUGGGGGGCGUGGGUGGGGAGGCCGUUGGUGGGGAGGCCGUGGGUGGGGAGGCCGUGGGUGGAGGGACCGUGGGUGGAGGGACCGUGGGUGGAGGGACCGUGGGUGGGGAGGCUGUGGGUGGGGUGGCCAUGGGUGGGGAGGCCGCGGCAUGUAACCUCCCGCUGGGCACAGACGUCAGUUAA